AUGAUCUUCGGCCACCCAGAGUCCACUCUGCUUCCGGCCAGCUCUACAACUUCGCCACUCACCCCAAUACCCUUUUCUUCUUUCAAGUUCAAUACAAUCGGCAAAGAACCAGACCUACUUCGUCGUAUUUCAGCCCCAAAUCCAGAUGAAGAGUAUGACGAUGAUGAGCCUUCGAGAUCUUCUUCGUCUUCUCCUAAUCUCGAAGACCAGCUUUUGCUCCCAGACCAUCCAGAUUCACGUUCAAAGCCCACUUCAUCGCAGUCUCUCGCUGAGAGAAUUGGGAACUUUGACGUAGACAUGACUGAUGUGACCCCUAUUACUGAUCAAAACCAAACCAACCCAAGCCCUACGCCAUCCAGCAACGUUCAAGACCCAUCAAAUUCAUCUCAAACCGACGGACGGCCCAAGCUUCUUAUUGACCCUUUGCCUACUGUCAUAGCCCAGUUGAAACAGCUGGCCGCAGACAUAAAUACUCAACCUUCGACAACCCUCAAUCAUGGACCACAACUUACGCCACCCAUUACGCCCUCCGUUUCUGCCGUUAAUGACGAUGUCAGCCUUGCCGUCCUACGUACUCUCCACUCCCGACUUUCCUCUGCGCUUUCGUUACUCAAUACCCCUAACACUACCAACGCCAUUCUUCUUGCACAGUCUGCCAAGACUACAUCCGCUGCAGUCUUAUCAUCUGCGCAGCAUGCCCACGCCCUUUCUCAACAAUCUAUAACUUCUGCACAAGAAGCCGUUUUGGCGGCACAAGAGUGUCUGAAAGCGGCCCAGGAAGCUCAGGAACGUGCGGAUGCCGCGAUGGCUGCCAUCAAAUCUCUGUCAUCUGGUCGCGACGACUAUGAAGUUUUUGUAGGCUUGAAAAAUGAUUUGAAUGCACUUGACAAAUGGAUCAAUAAACGUGAAGCCGAUGAAGCCGACCAUCGAACCCACACACCAGGAGACGAGUCAGUCUCUAUGGUGGUAGAGGAGGCAGUAAUACCCCCUCGCGACCGUGGCAAAUUGCGGGCGGUUCAUGAUAAGUCAAAGCGUGUAUGCCAGCUUCAGCCAAAGGCAAAAAGUGUCGUUAGACCAACCGUUGAAGAGGAGGCUGAUGCCGCCGCCAUAGCUUGGGAUCAAGAGCGCGAGAGGAGCGCAGAACGGCGGAAAUUUGCCGAGGAGGAGUUGCGCAAACGUCGUGAUGUCGAGGCUGCUCUGGAACAAGAACGGCUUCGCGCACAAGCUGAAGCUGACGCUCACAAAGUGAAGCUAGCCAAGGCUCGUACUGAACGCAUAGAGGCAGAGGAAUUGGAGGAAGCUCGUCAGGCAAACGAGGCUCGGGAGAUUGAACGCCGUCAGCGCGAGGUGGAGGCAAUGAGAAAGGAGGCUGCCAUGUUUGCGAUGCAGCAGCAGAAAGCCGAAGACGAACGGGUUCAACAAGAGCAAGAAGCCAAACGGAAGGCUGCAGAGGCAGAGAAGGAGAAGGAAGCUCGUCUGUUGCUUGAGCAGGAACAGAAGUACAAAGAAAUUCAGGAGCGAGAAGAACGGAUCAAGCAGAAUGAGGCUGAAAGAGUAAAAGCUAUCGCAGCUGAAGAAGCGAGGCAGCAGAUAUUGCGGCAAGAACAAGAAAUGAAACGUCAACAGAUUCAGGCGCAGAAACAACUGGCUACCCAGCAGGCGGCUCUUAAAAUUAUCGCGGAGAGGGAGAAACAGAAAUUGGGCCAGUCUACUUCUGCAUCUCCUACCUCGGAAAAGCAACAGGCACCUCAAAAGUUGGGCCAGUCUACUUCUGCGUCUCCUACUUCGGAGAAGCAACAAGCACCUGUUACUCUUCCGGCGCCUCCACCUAUUGAGUUUGGAAACAUCGUUUCAAGAAAAACUUUGAUUUCUGGCUCCGGUUCGCAGGUCAAAAGUAAAGCUAAAGGUCGAGUUAUCUCUGGUGGCAUUAUGCUGGGGGCCGAAUCAGAGCAGCCACUGGCAUCGUCGAGCUGCCCUCCUUUGACACUUCCCACUCCGAGUGUUAACUCCUCGUCGCAGAGUGCGAAUGAUUUGAGUGAUGUUGUGCAAAACCCCAUUUUGCAACCAAGCACGCAAUCACUAGUUUCUGGUCAAGAUAAUGCCGAACCUGCUACUGAACUAAAUAAUGUUUCUCCACUCACCAUCAAACGCUCGCCCACACCACGGAAUGUACUGGAUAGUAAAGAUUUGGGGUUGAAAGGUUAUGGGAAUGGCUCAGAUAGUUCUAGUCUCCCACCAAUCAAACAUCUUUCGGGACAAUCAUCCACACCACCCUUUCUCUCACCGACCUCGCCGGCCUCGCUUAUUCAACUGAAGCCUGCGAUCAUCUCUGUUCAUCGUGAGGGAUCCGAUCCAGGGAAUUUGCCUAUUGUCCCUCCCUCUCGAACCGGUCCGAUUUCUCCUGAAGCACAACAUACCAAUCUCCGUUUCCUGGACGCACAUACCAUCAGGCGCAAUAAAAGUAUUUCUAAAGCCAGUGCUAAACCUGUGAAAACAGAGCCUGUGCCAGAUCAGCUUCCUCCUGAUAGUGUAAGCACGGCUUCACCUCUCGAGAAGGCCGCUCCUUCGCAAGCAAAUGCUGGUCCCACUAGGUCACAGAAGGUUCUUUUUUCGUUUCGCGAGCUUCCUGAGUUACGGACAGCAGGUGCGCCUGCUACCGCGCCUUCAUCAACGUCCGCUUCAAAACCUUCGAAAAAAAAUCAUCCCCCUUUGCCUAACAAACCCAAGCAAAAACUGCCGAAUUUCAAGAAAAACUUGGCGGAUAACGAACCAGCUGCACAACCGAUGAGCAGCACUACCACUUUACCUCCGUCAAGGCCAGUCAAACCUGUGUCUACGGUUAUUCCCAGUGCAGCGGUCACACCGCCACGGUAUUAUGAUUCUGCGCCUAGGCCUGCUGUCGACAUAUAUGACGCUUCCUCUACGCAGAUGGGCCCCGACGUAGCGGACACUGAUGGUUGGACACGUCCAAGCCGUGAUGACGGGGUCACGAUGCGGGAUCAGCCAAGAGCUAUGGAUCAUUACCCGCCACCUCCUGAUAACAUUGCGUCGUCCCGUGCCCCGCCACAGAGACGUGUUUAUGAUCAUUAUUCUCCUCCAUCUGGUAACGUAUAUAUGCAGGCAAAUCGCUACAGGCCAGCUUCACCUUCCAGAGGCUGGGCUAGAUCACCGCCUCCCCCCGAUGCUCCCAGAGGUCGAGGUAGAUCAUCUCCCUCGCCUGAUGGUUGGUCAUCGCCUUAUUCGCCUAGAGGCCGGAGUAGAACACCUCAACCACCCGGUUGGGGAUCGCCUCCCCCACGUAUCAGAAUACCUAGUCCACCACUAUAUAAUGCUCCUGCUCCCGGGAACCCUCCUCCAUUAAUUGGGAGGAAGCGUGUUCGGGACGAUGAGGUUCCAGUGGCGCCUCCUGCCCGCAGAUACAGAUACGAUCAAGACAAUCCCAGUCGAGAUGAAUAUGCUUCGAUGCCCCAUGCUCCACAGAUGCCAUCGACCAAUGAAAAUGACUGGAGCCGUUCUGCUGUUUAUGGACGAUCUCCAUCUCCUGACCGUCGUCCUGGUCUUGCAUCUCGCCUUGCACCUGGACCAAAUGAGUGGGAAUCUAAUGCAUAUGCCGUUGGUAGGGGAGAUAGUUACAGACCCAGCUAUUCCACGACCAUCCGUGGGCCCUUCAAGAGUCGUAGGCAACAAGCGCAGCCACCGUCGCAACCAGCACAACUAUGGAAUGGCGAUAUACCACUUGGCCCUGCUAUCACAAACAAGACUCGCCCUCCUAAAAAUCAGUAUCGUCCGCCUAAGGAACCCGUAGCUGGAGGCUCUCUUCCGGGCCUACUGAGUCGCUUCAGUGAUUCUACAGAUCCUACCGUGAUUCAAGCUAAUCCACCUCCCAGCAAACCCGCACGAAAUCGCUAUAAUGGAAAGGGUAGGGGAGGUACCCCGCAAUCUUUGGAGCAGCGAAUCUCUUCGAAACCUUCCUCGCUAAUGCACCGUCUUGAAAGUUGAUUGGGUUUGAUCAAAAAUAAAUACAUGUAGUUCUUCUACAUAAGUAAAAUUCUCCUUGUGUCGUUCACGUGUACAAUAUUUGAGCAUUCUUUCAAUAAACCCAAGUGCUUAGU